AUCUAUUCACUGAUUAAGAAUUCUUUCUUUUCAUUCGCAACUCGUUACACCUGUAGUUGUUCCACUGGUCAAUGGAACAUAAAAUUUAGAGAUAUUCUUAAUGUAUAAUAUUAAAUAUGACAAAUAACAAAGUUGGCAAAUUGCGUUACAUUUAUUAUUCGGUUACGUGGCACUAAGUUUGAAACAGAAAAUAAAUCUUGAAGUUCGUCUGAUUAUUCCUGUGUAUUAAAUAUACGAAUAAGUUUCACACCAAGGAGAGCUUUAGGUAUCUACUGGAAAAAGUUGCAAUACAUUGUUUAUCAAUCAUGAUAAGACUUGCAAUAAUCUUCUUUCUACUCUUCAUUAUCGAAAGCGAAAGUUUUCAGUUUAAUCUUGAAGAGUUAAAUAAAUUAAGACAACUUUUCAAUGAUUCGGAUCGUCGUAUGGAAGAAGCAACUCGAGGUCAAAGGAAAAAUGCGGCAAUUGUCAUAGGCAAUGGAAGAGGGGGCAAAAGUACACUAAUUAAUUACAUAAUGGGAAAUGAAUUGGAAGCUAAUAGACCUCACACAUUUGAGAAUAUUAAGAUAACUAAAGCUAACAACAAUAUCAAAGGACCAGAAAUUGGUGCUGGAUCAUUGUCAACAACUACAAUUCCCACAAAAUGGAGCUCAACAAGGCCAGAAUUACAGAAUUUGGACAUCUGGGAUACUGCUGGAUUUGCGGACAAUAGAGGUGUAAUGCAAGAUUUCAACAAUUCCUUUCAUCUCUAUCAUUUGACAAGAAAAGUCGAAAAUCUAAAACUUAUUUUAGUUAUCAGUUUUAAUGAAAUUAUUAAUGACAAUGUUGAACAGGUGAGAAAACUUUUAAGUAGUUUAGAAGAAUAUUUUACUAUUUAUAGGUUUAGAACCUUUUUUCCAAGCAUAUCAGUAAUUAUCUCAAAAGCACCUAAAUCCGAUGAUUAUGAUAAUUUAGUCGAUCAUGAAUACAUAACUGAUAUAUUAUUUGACAGAUUAUUAUCAAAUCCAAAAAUGGAUAUAUCCGAAGAUUCAAAACAAUUUGUACAGAAUAUAAUAAAGAAUAACAAUCGUUUAGCCUUCUUCAAGAAAGCACAACAAACUGGGAUUGUUACUUCUGAUAUCGAUGUUAAUAUUAUUCCAGCUAUUAAUAACUGCAAGAGAAUAAUCAAGUCAUGUCGCCAAGAUAUGGGCUUUACAUUUUCACCACAAUCAAAAAGCAGCCUAAAGAAUCACACUGGUACGCUGGACAUAAAUGAAAUUACAGACUUUGGGAAGAUACUGUGCAACUCGUUCGAUGAAAAGUUCGCUGCCUCUUGUCAAUCCAAAGAUACUAAUACUUUGCAAACCAAUAAAGCCGAUUUGAAUAGAAUCUACGAAAGCUUGAAUCCUUUGAGCAAUAAUCCUGAUCCAGAGGUUAAAAUUCAAACUCUGGAAAUGAUUAGUGAUAAUCUGAAAAAUUUCAACAAAGAAAAUGAUGUGGCGAAUAAAAUAAGUCUAACUAAAUUCAUUGAUUUCAUACUUAAAGAAGAUAAAAUGCUUGAUGUAAUUAAACUAGUGAAUUCUCUUUUUACAUCCGUAAAAGUGAAAAUCGAAUCAUUGUUUACAUCAUGUUCAUAUAAAUUAAAUGAAAUAACAAAGGAUGAAUAUGACAAAGAAAAUGCUACAAAUGCUGAGAACUCAAAAAAAAUAGUAAAUAAUCUGAAUGAUUAUAUAAUAAAACGCGUUAUACCUUCAGACAAAAAAAGCGGUUGGAGAAGAUUUCUGGAUGUCCUUACAACCUUUCUUAAAAUGGAAGUGAGUACUUCUAUUGUUUACCUUAAUCGACUGUAAACUAUCAAAGAUGAUAUCGUUUAAUGUAUGUAAACAAACGUUUUACAUUAAUAUUAAAAAAUA